CGCGCCUGCAUGACUCGUGAACGCGCCCUCGUGUUCUGUGGACGCGCCCGGCGACGCUGCUGGUGUUGUAUUUUUUUCUCCCAUUUCCCGACAUCUGGAUUAUUUUAUUAUCAGAAAUAAACGGAAUGCGGAUUUUCACACGUGUGUCCACGCCGAGGAUUUUACACCGCUGGAGCAACGUGUGUUUUUAAUGCGCGAGAGAAACGUGCUGAGAGCUUUUGUUCGCCGGUGAAGCUCUUUCACACACACACACACACACACACACACACACACACACACACACAGACAGAGAGAGAGGAAGACACUCAUCAUGUCAUCCUCUGAACUGGACUACAUCCCUCCGUGGUGGAUCUAUUGGCUUCACCAGUUUCCUCACAUCAAUCUGAGACUCCAGCAAAUCAACAACACCUUCAACCCUCAAGAAGAAAACUACCAGCAGUCUCUGCUCUUCCUGGUGUGUUUAUCCUCGGCUGCGUUGGGUGUGAAUCUCCUCGUGCUCGCUCUUUAUCUCAGUUUCCUGUGCUGCUGUCGGAAGAAAAGUGAGGCUGAUGACGAGGACGAGACGAAGAAGCCGAGCUCACACUGCGUCACCUGGACGGCCGUCACCGCUGGACUUCUGAGCUGUAUCGCAGUUGGGGUUGGUUUCUAUGGUAACAGUGAGACCAACGAUGGAGUUUAUCAGCUGACCUACUCCCUGUACAACACCAAUCACACACUGGUGGGAGCAGAAGACCUGGUUUCGUCUACGUUGGAUGGGAUUCAGGGCGGACUAAAGGAACACUUGUCCCGAUUGGACGAGAUAUUCGCCACGCGAAGUGACUUUGUAAAGUCGCUGAAGUUGAUGCAGCAGAUGGCGGAGAACCUUAUUAAACAGCUGCUGGGACUGCCAGACUGGGAACAGGCCAAAGUGGACCUGACCCACAUCGCUGACCGCACCGCAGUGGUCGAGUACUACAGGUGGCUGACAUAUCUGCUGAUUCUCAUAGUAGAUCUGCUGAUCUGUCUGUUGGCGUGUCUCGGUCUGGCCAAGAAAUCACGCUGCCUUCUCACAACGAUGAUGGUAUUCAGCAUGCUAAUUCUGAUUGUGAGCUGGGCGUCUCUGGGGGUCGACGUAGCUACGGCUGUGGGUGUCAGUGAUUUCUGUGUGUCUCCAGACAAGUUCAUCAUGAACAAGACCAAAGAUGUGAUCAGCUCAGAUAUUGUUCAUUAUUAUCUGUACUGCAGUCAGACGCUUCCCAAUCCCUUCCAACAGUUUCUCCUGCAGUCCCUGACAAUCGUCCAGAGAUCUCUGACCGCCAUGCAGAUUAACGUCCAGGGGUUAUUAAAGUUCGCUGUGCCGCUGUUCCCUACUGCUGAGAGUGAUCUCCUGAGUCUUAAGCUCAUGUUGAACAAUUCUGAGGCGCAACUACAUCAGAUUACUGCUCUACUCGAUUGCAGAGGAAUCAAUAAGGACUAUCUGGAUGCUCUGAUGGGUGUGUGUUAUGACGGUGUAGAGGGGUUGCUGUAUCUCAGUCUUUUCUCUCUGCUGUCCGUCACUGCCUUCUGCAUCAUGAUGGGUGUGAUUCCCCGAGCCUGGACACAAAUCAACAACCGAGAAAGGGAUUAUGGGGAUUUUGAGGACUCUGACCCUUUCAGCUCUCGGGCUCAGACUGAAAACUUACACACUUUCUACAGCUACAGCAGCAGCCAGAACAGCCUUCACUCACCACCGGCUCCGCCCACCUCCAACAGGAAUCAGUCGUCAGUGUUCGGAGGAAACGCCCGCUUUGAGGACGCACCAUUAAUAAACCGAGGCUCUCCUCCUCCCUCGUAUUCUCCCACUAUGCGAGCCAACUACCUCUCGAUGUCAGAAGAUCAGAUGAGACACUUUGGCGACGAUUUUAGGGCUUGAACUUCAUCAUACAGUCUGUGUGUGUGUGUGUGUGUGUGUGUGUGUGUGUGUGUGUAUAUGUGUAUAUCUUGGAGAGGACCAAAUGUCCCCACAAGAAUAGGAAUAUCUGACAGUUUUGACCUUGUGGGGAUAUUUUGUUGUUUCUUUACGGAAACUGCAGCUUUUAUUUAAAAAAAAAAAAAAAAAAAAAACAGUUACAGAAGUUAAGGUUAGGGUUAGAUUUAGGUUUAGCACAGUGUUAAUGAGCUGCAUUCAUAAUUAUAUCAGUGGAAAGUCCUCACAAGGACUGUGUGCGUGUGUGUGUGUGUGUGUGAGUGAGAGUCCUCACAAUCUCAGGACUUUGAUGUAAUGCAUUUCAGUCCUAUAACUACUGAAUAAUAAAUUUAUACACAUUUUAAUCCAGCUGAAUAUUUUUACUACAGUUGCUGAAUAUGAUUUUUUUAAAAUGAGUAUUUCAUUGGUAAUGUAGUGUAACAUUAUUGAAAAUACUAAACGUGUAACUGUGUGUCGGAUGAAAGAGACCAAACGUGUUAACAAACAUUAAUGCGGUUCUCCAACACACAUCCGAAGCCUGCGUCAGAGUAGUGAGCGACAAGGUGAGAGGAGAUCGCUCAUUUUCUACGUUUGUUUCAGCGAUAUUUGAACUGAGAUUUUCUCAAUUCUAUGCAAAGUAGUUAUGAAGCGUCAAAUCCAAACCAAUGGUCCGAAUGAUUUCUCGGACUGAUCCUACAGCAUGUGCGGUGCGACGUUUCUUCAGUUCCCCGCUCACAACUUUAGUUCCCAUUUAGUGUCUGACAUAAAAAUGGAAGAAAUCCCACUAACCGUGGUUUCAUCUUCUCCUGUCAUAUACGAGCUCUCAUUAAAUGUGUACAGAGAUAUUAGGAAGAAAAAUAAAGCUUGAAAGGAAGUAGCACAGAUCGUUGAUGACUCUGGUGAGUGUACAUAGCUAGUACAGUUAUCUCGCUUUGCUAAUCUAAUCUGAGAUCGAAGCCAAGCGUGUAACACGUAAAUCACACAACUGAUAACUGCAUUAUUUCAUGUGUAUUUAACUAGAUAUAGCUACUUCAAUAUAAAAUAGCUAUUACCACUGGACAGUCCACGCCCUCUAGUGACAACAGUAGCAGUCGCUACACACCUACAAAACACAGACUACAAGUAACCAGUGCUAGUGGGGUUUUUCAGCUGAGUGACAGGCAGAGAGGGCGGAGCUUACGUUUCACCAUGUGACAUCACCACUAGCCUUUCUCAUCACUUCUUCAGCUUGACAUAUCAUGUGACAUGAAACAUUGUUUUACAGUUGACUGAGAUGAUGUGACUUACACUUUAGCCCUCUAGCAGGAUGUGCACUGAGAUGUUAUAAAGCAUGGAUUUAUUUCUUCAUGGCUACGUCCCCAAACUGCACACCACUGUACUACCUACACCUAGCUUUCUGGUGAGUGCUAAACACUUAGCUAGCAUAUUAUGUAUAUAGCUAUAGUGGUGUACUACUGAGACACAGAGUUUAGUGUAGAAAGGGUAUUUAGUUAAGUAUUCUCAACCAGGCCUUCAUACAGUUUCUAAGUUCUUAACACCAUCUGAUGGUGGACUGUUUUAAUAUUCUAAUGUAUCUAUGUAAUUUAGCUUCAUUGUGGGUUUUAAACACUAAUUAAUUAGCUGUCUUUGUACUGGUAAUAUAAUGUACUGUUUAAAUACUACAUUUUAUUAAGGUUUUGUUUAAAAACAAAGUAUACUGUAAAUAAUAUUUAGUACAGCUGUGUGCAGAUGGGAUGUAGCCACGACUGGUAAAGCUUGGGUGUAGUUGCUAAGCGUUUUGCUAUCUAACUAGCACUGGUUUUGAGGUAGUAUGCACAAGGGCUGCGUACUCAUUUAAUGCCCUGUUUAGUAUGGUAGUUUGUCACUUGCUGCUCAACACUUAACUCAGUUAACUAGUUAGCUUGUUGUGUUGAUGUAUAGUGUCAUUAAGUACAUUGUGUGUAUUUCUGAGGAUACGCUCACAGAAAUAAACGUUCCAUAGUAAAGGUACCAUAGUAAUAAAUCAUUAAAGUUACAUCUGUUGCAGCUUUAAGCCUGGAUUAUACCUGCUAUUAACUACAGUAUGGUUACGCAUAUGUGAGAUGGCAUUUGGAGUGUGGCUUGUGCACAUCCUCGGAAAUUAAAGCUACAGGUCCGAGUGGUGCGAUACCGUUUGGUACUAUCCAAACAACAAGGAAAAUAAAGUUUGGUACCUCAAGUGUAGCAUCGUCAUGGCUUAAACACACUUGGCUAGGUAGCUAACACCGCUUCCUAAAUGAUGUGUACUACAGUAGUGUACUGUCUUGGUGUGGUUUGGGAUUCAGGUCACAUCUACUCACCACUUUUAUUUUUUAAUGUUUUUGCAGAUUUUCACUUAGCAUUGAGAAAAUGCUACUAAAGAUUUUCAUGCUGAGAUAAUUCUGUAUUUUUAAAUAUGGUAUUAACUCCUUACUAGCAUUUUGUAAAUAACUUGUAUAAUAAUUAACACAAGGUGUGUUCUUUUUUUUUCUUUUUUUUGUAUGUUUCUUCACAAUGUGCCACAGUUGCUCAAAAUGGAGUGACUCAACAAGUGUGUAGCCUUAGACUGAAAUUUGUUGUGUAAUAAAAGAUUAUAACAAGUCCUGCUGAGGCACAUUAUUCUGUUUCAAGGGAUGUUUCACUCAAAUAUGCUAACAGGGCUAAAUCUGUGAACUAUUAGAAUAGUUAGCAUGAAUGCUAAAUUCUUAUUUUAUUACUAGCCACAUAGUUUACAUGGCACAUUUAAUGUAAUGUGAACCGAUUGCUGCAGAGUUUAAUUUGCUGCUAGUAACACUAACAUUUAUUUAAGCCCAUUAAAUUCAAUGAGGACUCAUUAGAACAGUUAGCAUGAUGCUUUAUUAUUGUUAAUUCAUUACAUUCAAUUCCAUUUCAAUCCGGUUUUAUUAGUGUAACACUUUUAACAAUGGACAUUGUCCCAAAGCAACUUUACAGAAAUAUAUACAUUCAGGAUAUAGAUUUUACUUAAAAUAAAUAAAAAUUGUUGUAAUUUAAUUGUAAUUAAAAUGAGAUAUGGUAUAAUCUAACUUGGUGAAAUCUGUUACCAUGACAUUUAAAUAUCAGUGACCUUUAAUUCAUUAUUACCCUGUUUUGAAAAUGAUUUCCUUUAUUUUAAUUUUAUUAUGAUUAUUCAUUUAAGAUAAUAUGUUAACAUUUACCAUCUACUAAAAAUAAACCUAUAGGAACCCAGGUAAACUUGCCAUUCUAGCAUGAUGCUAACUAGCUCGUAAUUAUCUUUAUUUCAUUUAUACUAUGGCUGAAUUAGUGUUUUUGAGUGAAGUAUUCUUUUAAUCCAACACUGUCUUCCAAUUAGAGAGAACGUGUUUCUGCUGUUCUUCUCGAUGAAAUGCCUAACGUUAGGACACUUUUUAAAUGUUGUUCAUUUUGGAAUGUAUGUUUUUAACUGUUUUUAUUUUAUUUAAUAAUGUGUUUUAAUACAUGUGUGCUGCAUGUGUACGUUCAUAAUAAAACUGUUUGAAGCACAA